CCGCGGGGGCCGCGAACCCUGCCGGGGGGAGGCGUGCGGGAGGGAGGGAGCGUCCCCGCACUUGCAGCCCGUGGGGACCGGGGCCAGCCUGGGAAAAGCCCCCGCUGCAGGGCCGGUACGCGGCACUCGCCGCUCCGCCCUUCCUUCGUCGGACGCUGCCAGGACUGUCCCAGGUAAGUUCUGAAAAGGAAAAGUGACGGCCGCAAGUCCUCUGUUUUUUCCUUUAAAAAGCCGUGUGCCGUCAAGACGGGCACAGGACGCAGCGCAGGGUGUCCGGGGGGCUCUUGCUGUAGAGGGCAGGCGGGAAGGGGACUCCGGCACCGGGAUGCAGGAGCGCGGCGCAUCCCGAAGCCGGGCACCGGCAUCCCCGUCCCUCAGCGCCCACGGACCUCGGCGCACGGAGCCGCUCGGGAGUAGCCACGGGCUGAGCGGAGCUGAGAGCUGCAGUGAUUUGGGAUUGAGGGAAGCUGAUUUUCAGGAGGCUGAAAUGGGUCUGAUCGCAGGCUUCUCGCUCUGUCUUGGAAGUUCGUCGUUCAUGGAAUGUAUUUGACUGAAAUAGGCUGGAGAAAAACCUCCGAAAUGAGUCUUGCACCUAAAGAUAGCAUCUAAAAUCCAGGUUAAAAAGUCAUUCUUCCCACCAGGGCUGUUGUGUCAUUUGAUUUUACAGAAUGUUCACAUUAUAAGUGGGGAAUUAAGAAGGCUUUGAAAGUCCCUCACACGUUUCAGCCACGGAUUUGUGAAUGAUAACUCCACGCCUUGGUCCUUAGUGGCAGAAAUUGUGAAGUGAUUGCUCUGGGUCGCUCGCACUGGAAGCACAGGUCGGAGCUGAGCCCUGUGUGAUUCAUCAGUGAGGUGUUGCACGCGGUUUGGAGAGCUGUAGUCCUUUGAGAAGUACCACAGUCCCCGAAGGCAGGAGCAGGUCCCUGCUCAGUGGAUUUUGGAGAAGUCCAGCCCGUCAGUCCCUUUUCGGAGACAGAACUGGCACCCAAGUGCCAAGUACCCCUGAUCCGUGGAUGAAGUUGUCCCCUUCAGCCGGGGGGUGGCUCAGGAAAUAAUGCCUCUGAAAUCAAAGCUGUUGAAAUGCCCCAUGCCUUACCUGCCUGGGGAGGGUAGGGCUAUUUAUUAGCUGAAGUUUAUUUUGCUGUGUGCAGUGGAAGCUGUGGUGCUGAUUUCACUAGCGGGAUUAGACUUUCUGGUGUAUACGUGAGAAAAUCUUAGGAGUCACUUCCUUCAUUUUUGCGCAGAAUGCUGGUGCUCCCCUGUCCUUAUUUUGCUGGAUCACUGCUGGCUAAUCCCUAGCUCUAGAAAUGCGAAUUUGGCUUAAAGAGACAGCUAGCUCUUCAUGGGUUUGAUGUGUAGGCUUCACAGUCCUCACAGAUCUGACGGAUGUUGUUUGAAGCAGCAGACACUUUUGAGAGUACGCAGUGUGCAGCCCUGGUACUGAACGUCUGACAAUGUGGUGUUUUAGUUGGAAAUUUGUGUAAUUUUUAUAAACUUCCCAGGCUGCAGUCCCUCACCAUAGUUAUUCAGUCAGAAAAAUACAUUUGGAUUUUGGGUUUUUAGAAACUGUAUUUAAAUUAAAAAAAAAAAAAAAAGUAGAUCAUUCUCCUGUAAUGUGUUAAUCAGAGUAAGCCAGCGUGUCAGCGCUGCACCAGGGAGGACCAGAACAACUGCACUCGGGACUCUGCGGCUGAUGGAGCCCUGACAAAUGCAGCAGGCACUAAUGAGAACAGGAAGCUCCAGAGAAAGCCAAAAGUUGAAAUUUGUGCAGAAGGGAGGCAUUCAUAUCUCUUGGGCUAAACAUGUGUAGUACCAAAUUUUUAGAAUUUUUCUGGAAGAGGUAAUAGGAAAAAUGAACAUGGCUUUAGGAGUGGUUGCUUGCUCCUCACUUAUCCUGAUUGUUCCAAGUUGUGGAUUACAAUUAAUUGAUUUAGAGGAAAAAGUUAAAUUUGUUUUAAAUGUGUUUAUAAACUGCAAACUUCAGUAAGAUAUGUGAUGGUUCCUGGGUUUUAGCCACUGAGACUAUAUCUGUAUUGAAUUAUUUUUCUGGUUGGAGACAUACAUCAAGUACACAAAAAUAGCUCAGAGUUAAAGAUUAAAAUUAGCAAAUGAGUAGUUCAUAAUUAAAAUUUCACGAUAGAGGAAGUGGCAUUACAUUGCAGAGAUACUGAUGUCAAAUCCAACUUCUCUCAUUAGUAGUAUCAAAAUAUUGGUAGAACGUCUUUACAGUUUGGAGCCAGGGCUUGUCUGUGAACAGAAGUUGCUUUGUUUUGUCCUAAAUUACUCAACUUCCCAAGAUUCACAUGUAGUGGUACAAAGGUUUUAAUGCCAGCAUAGAUCAUUCUUUCAAGACUGGAGAAAUAAGCUGUGUGCCUAUAUCAGAAUAACUGAAUUCGGGCUUGUACUGGAACAGUUACAGAUCCUGGUGCAAUAAUAUGGCUUUAAACAGAACAGUAAAACUUACAAACACCAAAACAGUGUGAACCAAUGCUUUCUGGUAUUAUUGAAAUGAUAGACCUCUCUACUACUUCAGUCACAAAUCUCUGCCAGGGGAAUCAGGCAGGUAAACAACUGUGUUUAUUUGUUAGGACCUGCACGGCACCCUUCCUUCGAGUGAGUCCCGGCUCAGCUGGGACCAUGCUCUUCUGCAGUAGCAGCUCUGUGCCCACCAGAAUGGCCCUGGUGAUCAGCUUUCCUGGCUGUAGCUCCACCAGCUCUGUCCCAUCCUCAGCCCAGGCUGAUGCCAAUCUGGUUUUUUGCCUUGUUUCACUGCUACUUUGGUGACCAAAAGUGUAUGGCCUAUAUGCCCUGUGGCCCAUAAGCUGAAGGAGCAAUGUCCCUGUAGAAAAGUCCUUCAAGACCCUGCUUAUUGUUAUUCCAAUCUCACUUAAGCCCAGAUUUAAGGGAGGCUGAGGUGGUGGCAGGCCCCAACAAGAGCUCUGUGCACAGCUGGGCUUGCUGGCUGCACAUCUGCCCAGCCUCAGAAUCACCAAAUUCAGUGAAACCACAAAGGUGUGUGCAAUUAAUGAGAGACUUUGACCUAUUUCAUAUUCCUUUAUUGUCUUUGGCCUUGUCUACAUGGGGAAAUUACACCAAUUUAGUUUAAGUCUGUUUUUAAAGUGAUUUGAUUAACCUGAUGUGACCUUGUGUAUGGACAUUCUUAUUUUGGUUCAAAUGAGCUUAUUUGGGUUCAACCAAAACCUCCACUUAGUCAAUUUGCACAGAACCGAAAUUAGACGUGCCUAAACUGGAAGGGGAACUGAUGUCUCUAAAUAAUGACACAACUUUUUCAUGAAAGCAGAACCUUCUGUAGAAUCUGGAACAGAGUGUAAUUACUGACAAAUCUGCCGGCAAGUGAAAGCUAUUCAUAGCAAAGGUUUCAAAAAAAACCCAGGGAAAACAGGCAAAGCUUAAAUAUCUUGGUGAGACAAAUGAAGAGGUGCCAAUAAUCCCAGUCCUGGAAUACUGAAAGCAGUGGCUCAAGGCUUGCAUAGCUUGCAGCAAGGCUCUCCCAUGGCUCUUGAUAUGCAGAAGAGGGCAAGCAUUCGUGUCCUUUACAGGGAGUCCCUAGAGAGUCAGAAAAUAAAAAAGCAAUGCAGGAAAUGUUAGGCCAGCUGGUUUGAACACAACAGUACCCAGCAUCUUAUGACGUAUUUUGUAGGAAAGAAUAAUUAGGCAUGGAAAUAAUGAGGAAGCAGGCUAAAUUACAACAAGAUUUUAUCAAAGAUGGAUUGUGCUAGACUAAUCUAACAUCUUUUUCAUAUCACAGAUUGUUUAGAUGGGGUAGGGUAGGAAUGUCAUUUAUCUAAAGCCAAAUAUGUGAUGCCAUGCCCCACAGGAUGUUAUGGCUUAAAAUGAAGAUGGUGGUUCAAGACAAGAAUUGAAAGGUAGAAAAGAACGUGGCCAAAGAGAAGAUACAACCAUUGCGUGCAAAUAAAGUUCUCUAAAUGGAAAGAGGUACUCAGAGAAAGUCAUCAGGAUGGAGGGAGAUUGGUGGUGCUGCUCCCUUGGGACCAGGCUUGGGCCUGUUGAAUGGAUCCACUCUGACCUGUGUGCAGGGUGUGGGUGUGUGCCCAGGAGCUGUGUGGGAUGACAAAAACUUGGGAGGAAUUGUCAGUACAGAGGAGGGUCAGAUUAUCACAUGAAAGGUAUUUAGAUGACUUUGUUGAUUGGGAGUGAUAGACGUAAAAUGGCAUUUAAUAGUGCUGAAUGCAAAGUCAAGUAAAGUCAUAAGCAUGGAGACCAGUAACAAGAAUUUCCACUGUGAAACAGGAGCUCAUCAGUUGUCCAUGACAGAAAGGGAGAGAUGUGGAGGUACUGGCUGCUCAGAAGAUACCUGGGAGCAAGCACUGAGAUACAGCUGGGAAGGGGACCACUGACAUCUUUGGAUACCAAAGGAAAAGAAUGUGAGAAAUUCAGGGAAAUGUGAUAACGAUCAUUGUACAGAUCAUUCCAGGGUGUCAAUACGAGAGCUCCACGAUGUUUUUGGAGUGGUUUACUGAUGUUUUGCAUAGUUGCAGACACCCCCGCCAAGAAAACGUUACAUUCCAGUGGUAGGAGGGUUAGAGAUGUGGUUACACAAACAGACCAUCUGUUAUACAAAGUGAGGUUAAAGAGCAUCAUCUCUUUAGCUCUGGCCAGGUGAACUAGUGAAGGGACAGGCUAUAUGGGGGUAUUUUAUACACAAUUGGCACUAUAUAGCAAGAGGGCAGGAAAAAAUAAUCUAAAAGAUAGCAUCUGCACUAGGUCAAAUUUUCUAAAUUGGUCAUGAAUAAAUUUGGGUGGAGAAUUAGAAGAAAGCUUUAUCUACCCAAGGAUUGAAGUUGCGUAAGAGUCUUUCAAUUAGGGUAGUUUUGAGAUAGAUCUUGAUAAUCUUAUGAAAGAGGUUAUACAAUUAAAUUAGAGAGUUCCUGGAGAUAGGAAAUAACAUUUGCAGAAUUAGUUCUUUGCUCUGCAGUGUAGUCAUAUUUCUAAUGUAUGCUUGAAAGGAGAAUGAAUCUUGUUUGUUUACAUUUUUAACCCCAUGUAUCAAGUCUUCUGCUGUUUUCUUGGGGGAUGAGGCAAGAAAUAUUAUUCUCUGUUGCUGCAGGUUUGAAUCUUUUUUCGCCCACAUCUGAGUUCCUCUCAACACUAGCCAUUGAAAAUGUACAGUGCAGAUUCCUUGUAGCAUUAGACAGGCACAAUUGACUUCAGAUUUUUCUGGCAUGCUCCCUGGUUCAACCUGUUCAUAAGAUUUUGGGCCAGAGACAUUUUUCCUUCAGACUGUGUUGCCAGUAACCAUAUUAUAUUUCAUGGUGUAUUUUCUGGGAUCUGUUGCUGGUGUAAAUGAACUCUGUGUGGCUCCAUGGUCUUGCAAUGCUGGCAGUGAUCUUCACCUGCUCUUUGCUGUGUCCCUGAACAGUUUAAUCUUACAUGCUUCUUAUGUGAAUCAUAAGUUUACUGUAUGAUGUGAGGAUGUGCUCUCGGGCUUCUGGUGCCUGUUGGCAGGUUGAACAGAUGUUGUUGUUUUCCAGCAUUGUUUUCCAAGACUGGAGUGCUGGGUUGGUGUUCCCUUUUAACCUGAUAUUCCUAAAGUAAGUCGGGAACCUGGACUUAGUAUCAGCUCUGCUCUGGUGCUGAUCAGAGUACAGUUCUCUAAAUCAUGCAGAAUAAAAUCUAGAAGAAAGAAAUGACCAUUAGUGAUGAAUUAGUAACUUUAAAAACACAGUGUGGUUAGUGUAAAGUUGAAUGGAUGAUGUCCAUAUUCUUGCAAGAAAGAGAGAAGGAAGUAGAUAAAACAAGACAGAAAUGAAGCAGGCAAGGAAGGAGGAAAACAGCUCAACUUAGCCUGCAGCAGAGAUCGCCUACCUGCCAAUGUGCCUGUAAAGGGAAAUUGAAAUAUUGAAAAACGUCAGCGCUGAUGAGGGUAACACUGGGUAGAAGAGGAAGUAUGUUAACCAAACUCCAUGGAGCUGUUGAAAUGCAUUGAAUCAUCGGACUGACUUGUAUUCUUAGGCAAACACAAUUAUACAAUUGAUUAAUUUGUCGACAUUCCUCUAGUGCAUAACGCUAUGGUAACCGAGCGGCUCGCUAAACAUUGCCGUGGAGAGCGCUGCAAAACAUCUUUGUUUGGGGGAGAGGGGGGAGGCAGAGCCAGGCCUUGGAGCUCGGACUCUGGAGGACUGCUGCACACACACAAACGCACACAAAUACACACACCUGGGCAUUGGAGCUGGGCUCCUGUUGCAGGUGGUGGAAGGUGAGCAUCGGGUGGUUUGUGGGCCACACACAUGUUCUGGGGCCGAUCAAAAAGGUGACCCUGGCUGACAACUGCCUUCAACACACUUGCUACCUGAUCUUUGCAGAGCUCACAGACUGGGGCAACUGUACCACCCUCCUGCUGGAUCCCUGUCACCUGGUGUGACAGCAGGCAGGGGCUGCAAAGGAUUUGGUCUUUCCUGCACCACUCUCCCAUGGCGUGCAGGGCUCUGCCACCUGCACAUCACCUUCCAUCGGCUUCUGGGACCUCAGUUCUUCAGGGCUGCUCUGCAGGCACCUGUUGUGUGAAAUAGAAAUGUGUUUUCAGUUUUACACUGAGUUCCCAGGUUUUGGCUGGCUGCUGUGUGGAACCUGCACUUGUACCUGUGCUGUUCUCUGUGCCCUGGCUCCUGGCAGAGGCUUCACCCCUCUUUGGGCAGCAUCACGGCUCAGCAGAGACCUCCACUGGGCCUCUGCCUCCCCAUGAUUGUGGAAUAUUCUGGGUUGGAAGGAUCAUCGAGGUGUUCCCCCUCACCUAUAAGUAAAUGUGAGGUGCUUUGUUGAGUGUCAGUUAUAGGCAGAUUGACUGAUUGACUAAUAGAUAAAUGCAAAGAUAUUUGUAGGUGUGUUUAUUCUUGUUUACAAAGUGCCCAAGCCUAGGCAAGAUUGUCGAGUAUGUAGCAAUGGCAGGAAUCAUAUCUAUAAAAAUGCUAAUCUCCUCUCUUGCUUCAUCUGUUCAGCCCACAAACACACACAUACACACAUGCUUAAAAGAAAUUAAUAAAGUUUGUUAGUUCUUUUCUGGGCUCAGCCUACUUUAAUCUUGGUUUAAUGCAGAGCACAGUGCAGUGCAUUGCUUCUGGACAAUAAAGUUUUGAUCAUAAACAACAUACUAAGUAAACCAUUUUGUGGGGUAAUUAAUGAGCAAUAGAUGAGCUGAUAAGAGCUCCCAUUGCUGAUAGGUAUUUUGCAUAGAUAUGGAAGCAUUAUAGGAAGAUCUUCAAGCCAAUGCAGAGGCUUUAUCUGAAGGGGAUGAGAUAAACCCCUGGCCCUGAUGAUGACAAAGGUUGAACUUCCACCAGCUUCUUUGUGGGGAGCUCUCCCAGAGUAUCAGCUGAAGAGAAAAAUAGGAGUCAGUCCUUGGUUUUAGGCUGUUCAAAGCUCUGCUGCACAAACUGCAAAUAGGUGUUUAUGUAGAGAGGAGGAUGCUGUGUGUUUGGUCCACUGUUGGCUUGUCACAGCAAAGGCAGCAAUUAGGGAGGCUCUAAUAGCUGGGGAGGGUUACACCCCUUUCCGAGGAAGUUUGACCAUAAACCUGUUUGUCCUGUCUCUGAGUGCAAUGUACACUGGCUCAAUUUACAGUAACUUAAAAACAUUCACUCUGAUCAAACUGCUUCCAAUCAAAUUUUAUUAAGUGAUGUAUUAAGUGUGUGUGUUAAAUGACUCACAUGAGACAAAAAGGUGGAACUUGGGUUGACUCCGCUACUGAUGUAUAUAUUAAAGAUGAGUAUUAAUAGUUUGCUUUUACUCUUGAAUAAUUCUAAUGGCUUCCUUUUGGAGCAGGCUUUCCGUGGAAAGGGCACAGCAGGAAGUAUUAAUAAAACAAACUCUUUGUGCUAAUCUUGACACCUACAUUUUCUGUUUAAUUUUGCUUAUGCAGAGGGCUGAGCCUUCUCAUUAGUGGAGACAAUGUGUCAACAUAGGAAAAGCGAGUUACUGUAUUUUCUUUCCAUCAUAAACUCUGGGGUUAACCUCCCACACGCAGCAGUGAUGUGCAGCUGUGUGAUUGCACAGGGAGCUUACGCUGGCCUUUGGUGCCAGUCCUGGGGCAGACCAUUCCUAUUGCUCAUCCUGCUGCAGCAUGGGCUUCUGAGAAAGCACUUCCUUAUCUGAGCCAUCCUCACACCUCAUGGGACUUUGCCUUUCAACAGCAAGACCUCCUGGUGUCUGUGUCUCACUGGACUGGAGCUGAAGUCCAUUAUUUGGGGAAGGUUGUACAACUCAGGAAGCCUUGCUGAAAAUUAUUUUGAGUGAAAAAAAAUUUCUGCAAUUCUGUUUUUCAACUUUCUGGAAAUAACUCAGAGUAUGGAAGGAGAGACUCCCAGAAGAAGGUUGUUAGAAGGAAAGUGUAUAUGAUUCUACAAUAAGCCUGGUGUAUUGUCUUGAAAGGGCAAAAAUCCAUUGGAUUUUUGGGAUAAGAUGGGAGAAGAAUAAUUGCAAAAAAAUGGACUAAAAUUGCCACUAAGCCAUUUGUAAACCUGAACUGAGGCUGAGUCAUAGAGUUUUGUCUUAUCCAGGGUACAUGUUUUGAAUCUGGACCUGAAUUCCUUAUAUUGGAUAUAGUCAUAGCUAAAAGGGCAGGGGGUGUUCAAAUGGAGUCUGAAGUGUUAGAAUGAUGAGUUUGUUGGUAGUACGCUGUUGUGACUAGAGCAGAAUUUCUGUUUUCACUUGGGGGAUGAAAAAAGACUAAUGCCAACAAGAACAGCUUCUGUGUUGUGAUUUUUUUUUUUGAAGGAAAGCAUGUGAAUAUUAAUAAAUGAUCCAGCUGGAAUAGCAUUUUUCUUUUAAACUGUCCUUAGAGAAAGUGUAUUAUAUUAACAAACAUGAAUUUAGUUGUACAGUAAGUAAAAUUUUAUAAAUAUAAAUCAUCAACUUAUUUCAAAAAUUGCAGUGCUGAGGAAAUUUUUCUGGGAUUUUCUAAUAUAGUCUGGUUUGAAUUGUUUGAAUAAGAAGAGAUAUUGGUGAAUAAAUCAGAUAAUGGGCUGCUUUACAUAGGAGGCAUAAUGCCUAUUUAUGAUGUAUAGAAGUCCUAAGAGAGAUGAAUUGCCAGUUUAAUCUUCUUUGGAUUGUGUUUGAAAUCUACUUUUAUGCAGCAUUUCUGACUGCUUUAGAGAUUACUCUUCAGACACUUACAUAGACUUCAUUUCUAUUUGAAUUACAGCUCUACAAGGUCACUGGCAGGCAAACAUUCAUUUAUUUCACUUGGUUUUUAGUCCCUUGACCUUGAGGUAAUACUUGAUAAGUGUUGCCAAAAGUUUUCUUCUGGCCUGGUUGCUCUUGUCAGAACUUAGAAAGCCCAGUUAUCCCCUACCAGAAGGAGUAGUAGAGACCAAUUCUUCUGUCAUUGGAGUCUUUGCUUUUAUUUGAGAAAAAAUUUGGAAUUAAUUUUUGUCUUUCCUGACAUGAACAUCAUGCUUUGUGAGGGUAUAAUGUCAAUCAGCUUUAUUAGCAGCUGAUUUUUCUCACAACCUUGCAGCACUUGCAGCAGCUUCCAUCAAAGGGCCCUGAUGGGGAACCAUUGGUGAAAGGAUGGCACACAGUGCUGGAGAGUGGAGGAGCAGGAUUGCUACUCUGCAUAAAGGAAGCAAGCAUCUGGGAGAUAUUAAAAACUUCUGACAGGGAUAGGAAGAUAAUUCUCAAGCUAAUUCUGCAUUGAGCUCUGCUCUAGCUUCUGUCUCUUGCCAGGCUCCCCAAGCCCAGGGUUAGAGAAAACUGUGGGCUGGUUGUGUCAUCCUUCAGCUGCAGAUGCAGCAGAGCUUCCCCAUUGCAGUACAGCACCACCAGACCCAGAGAGUCUGUUAUCACCCUCCUUUGAGAAUGAUGGUUUCUAAAACAUUAACAUUCAUGUCAGGUCUAGCUAGGGAUCAGCAGAGGCUUAAAUCAUUGUCAGGAACAGAUGUGAGACACCUAAUCAGUUAUUUCCUAAGGAAAAUGAGUUUGAUUGCAUGAAUAGUUGUAAAUAUUUCAUUCAGCAGUUCAGCUACUACAGCAAUGGUAAACAAGCUUCUGAGGCUGAAGAGAAGCAUUUUGUGGCACUGUACUUGAUUUCUUAUUCAUUUUAACUUCAGUGUAGAAGAAAUAAGCUUAGGUACUUCGGAUUACAUUUUGUGGCAGCUCUGAUCUGAACCAGGGGCUCAAUUUGAAGACAGCCAAAAAGAAGCAUUGAAAGGUUUGGGCUGGAAGGGACCUUAAAGAUCAUCUGAUUCCAACCCCUCUGCUAUGGCAGGGACACCUUCCACCACUGGUUGCUCAGGGCCACACCCAACCUGGCCUUGAACACUUCCAGGGAUGGGUAUCCACAGCCUUUCUGGGCAAACUGUGCCAGGGCUUCACCACCCUCACCGUGAAGGAUUCCCUCCUAAAAUCGAAUCUUAAAUCUAAUCUCAGUUUAAAACCAUUCCCCCUUUUCAUAUAAAUAUCUACCUAUGUAAAAAGUAUCUCUCCCUCUUUUUUUAUAAGCUCCUUUUAGUCUUUGAAUGCCACAGUGAGGUCUCCCCAGAGGCAUCUCUUCUCCAGGCUGAAGAACCCCAGCUCUCUCAGCCUGUCUCCACAGCAGAGGUGUCCCAGCCCUCUCAUCAUUUUUGUGGCCCCUUCUCUGGACUUCCUGCAGUAGGUCCACAUCUUUCUUGUGCUGAACACCCCAGAGCUGGAUGCAGAACUCCAGGUGGGCUCUCAUGAGGGCAGAGUAGAGGGGGAGAAACACAAUCCUUAACAUCCCUAACCCUGGUAACCAUGCAGCACUCGUCCUCGGGAUGAGCACAAAGCUGGAGAUCCUGCCACUGGGAGAUGUUCAUGGCACCAGAGUAAAUUCUGGCUUUGAGAGGAAGAUGACAGCCUGAGCACCCAUCCUCUGCCUCAGCUUUUGCAGCUGGUGCCAAGCUGUGGUGGUGAGCACAGCCACUGUGGUGGCUGAGCCAGGAUCAGGUGCUCCAUGCUCCUUCGGGCAGUGGCUGCCUCACAUCUCUGCUGGCUCUUUGGAGGCUUGCUCUACGUAAGCAAUAAUGAGUGACACAGCUUUAACUUCUUGCUUGUUUUGCACUUCUAACUUGUUAAAACCAAAUUAAAUUGGAGGAACCUUAGACAUUAAAUCAGGGCGGGUGUAAUACCAGUUUCGAAGUCGAUAAGAGUUUCAGUACUGAUCUCUUGCAGAAAGGCUGCUGAGAGGAAGGAAAGGAAGGAGGAAGUUAGCUUUUCUCUCUGCCUAAUUGAAUGUUUUCCCUGUUUGAGUUUCAGUUAAACUGCUGUGUAGUUUGCUUGUGAUUUUUAGCAGAUGUGCACGUAAGCAGUGCACUAAGGAAGGAGGCUGGGAGUACAGAUGAUGUUUACCUCUCAAACGUGGUGUGGAAUUCUGAGGAAACUGGGACUGCCAGCUAAAGGUCAUGGGCAUUUUUAACUUCUGCUGCUGGCUUCAUGCUCCUGUGUAGAUGUUUGUCAGGAAUCUUGCUGGUCUUGGUGGUCUUCCAUAGUCAGAUUAUCACAGAAAUAAGCUCCAUGUGAUUUUUAUGCCUGCACAUUACAAUGUGACUCCUUUCAUCAGCUGACUUUAAUGUGGAUUUUCUCAGCCAGCCUAAUUUUGUUCUGUUAAAUACAGUAACAGGCAUUAUUAGUAUAUGCUAUUUAAGGUGCUUUAGUCAGGAAAGCCCCAGGUUAAAAACUCAUGUUUACCCUAAUUCUGGAAGACACAAAUACAUCCUGCUUCUUUCACCCAAGAAUUACACAGAUGGUUAAAAAUAGAGACAUAUGCCAAUGGAUCUGUCAUGGAUCUGUCUGAAUGGAGGGCCAAGCUCUGAAUGCUAUUUUCACUCUGUCCCAGGUGAAAUAUGUUCUCACACUGCAGCCUUUUCUGCUGAGCUAGUCUCUUACUUGAAAACCAGGGACCAGAGGUGUCAAACAUUCAGAUUCACCAUCUUUGUCAGUCACAUUCAUACAGCAAGGAUUGCUCAGCAGGAUGGCAGUGCCCACUGCUACUGCCAUUAACUAACUUAAGUAGAGGAGAGUUAUCCUGUGAGAGAGAGGGGCCCACGUAUUUCAUUUAGUGUCAUACUGGAGUGUUGAUUUUGGCUGAUACUAGGAGGAUUCUUAGUACUGGACUAUUGCAGAUGUGAAAUAAAUCAUAUUUUACAAUAUUCUGCAUGCUUGCACAAUUGUAAUAACCCACAGACAGAAUUUAGAUGUCCAGAAAAGCACAUAUGUCCUUAAUAUCAAGGAUGCCCAUCCUUGAGGAACGUGACCAGUUCUCUGUCCUGCAUCCUCCCUCCACCCUGAGGAGGGGAUUUUGGGAGCAAUCCCCCUGUCCAUGCUGCAGUGGGGAGCAAGGGACCCUGCACCCUACAGCAUGGCCAGAGCUGCUGAAGAGGCCAGAGCCUCUUUGAGGGCACGGCAGUAAAAAUGUUGCUGUUUGAUCUAUUCCCCUUCCCCUGACCUCUGUGUUUAAUCAAAUCUUUUUUACAUUAACAUUAUCUGGGAGGGACACAUCUUUUCUGGUCUUCAAUAGUUAAAAAAACCCCAAAAAAACUCCAAGAAAAUCCCCAAAGUGAAUUGGACAUUCAGCCAUGCUGAGUCAUAUUUUGUUAUUAUGACUGAUUAUCCAGCCAGCCAUGCAAAUAAAACUGUAAGGGGGAAAAAAGGAUGUGUGUGAAUAGCUUAUCUAUGACAGAAUGAGGCCUUGGGUCUUUGUGCAUAAUAUGUGUAACAAUAAUGACCUAGUAUGAAAGUGUUCCAGUGACUGACAUAUUUGCGGUCUAAAAACGAUAAGAAAGUAAUGAGAGAGAGAUCUGUGGAUGUUUAUCCUCUCUUUUCUUCUUCCUGAAGGAAAGUUUUACUUUCUCAUUAUAUUUCUAGUGCAUAUCUAUGGUACCAUGCUGGAUGAUGAGUAUGAUUGCAGUUAAUUGUUUAAAUAUUCCUUUAUUCCUGAAGCUUUCAAAACAAAUAACCAUCUUUUAAGGAGCUAGUUGAGAAGUGAUGUGGGCAAGAUACUGCAAUAGGGAAUAUUGGAUGAGAAGUUAAAAGUGCCUCAGAGAAGAGAAAGACAAGAGUGUGGGGGUGUUUUAAAAAAAAAGGAGAAAAUACCUCAGUUAUAUUAUUAUCAAGCUCAGUUAUAUUAUUAGCAGUACCAGCAUAAGCAGCAACAAUUCUUCUUGAAAAAAACUUGUAAACUUCAAGAGUUCAUCCUUGGUGUACCAGAGAAGGAAUUACAGUUGGGCCAACAUCUUUUCUGCUGCAUAAGUCUUCUAGUGUUACUUAUUGCAAAUACUACAAAUGAGUAUGACUUUGUCCAAAAUACAUUUGCUGACUAUAUUUAUCAUCUGCCUUCUUCAUAGUAAACAAGAGGAGACAUCUGUGGAGAAGGUCUGGUAGCCACAGAAAAUAUUUUGCAUCACAGUCUCUAAGUGGUGCCAUUGUGAGCUAUUCUCAGCUCAAAGAGCCGUUCUCCAGGGCAGCUGAAACACAGAUGGGUAUUUGGUGUUGGUGCCCCUUUGCGACUGUAUAAUAUAUUUGUAAUGCAAGGACUGAAACACUGGAUGGAAAGUGCCACUUCAUGACCCCGUGAGUGAUUUGGGGAAUUGCAAGUAAUGUAGUAGGUUUUCUCACAGUAAUGCUCAAGUCUAGCCCUUAAUCAUGCACUUGAAAGAAGUGGGCUCAGGCCUUAUGAAAGGUGUUUACUUACUCAGCUUUAAGGCACAGGCCAAGAAAUAACUUGAUCGGAUUAGCUGAGUUUGAAUAGGAACAGCAGCAAAUAGAAUCAGAUGAGUGUGAACGAUGUUGCUGUGCUCUCUAUUAGAAAAAUAUCUGCCAGCUGCCAUUGCAGAGAGUAAUCCUGCAAGGUGCUGACACCUCCAGCCCACAUCGCCCAGGGGAGCUGGACCAGGGCACUUCAGCCGUGCAGCUCCCAUUACUCACCUUAGCUGAACAAUGUUUUUUCUGUGAAAUCCUACUUUUCCCUGUUAUAUAAAGGCUGGCCCUUCUCUGCCUCCUCCUUCUUGAAAGGCUCUUGAUGCUUACAGGGACUGAGUGCGUUGCUGGUUAUUCUCAGCUACAAGAUUACAGAGAUGGCAGUGGUCAGGUCAGCGGGGCAUGAACGUGGCUCAGCUGGAGCGCAGAUGCGAGCAGAUCAGUUAAGGAAAGCAGCUGAAAUUCUGGGAGCCAAAUGAGGAUAAGACAAAUUUUGGAAAUCUAAGGGCUUUGUUUAAAUGCCUUUUGAGUUAGGUACAGAUUAUACCUGAAAUGCUCUAGAAUUAAACACCAAGAGGGUAAGGAUGUUUCUUAUGCUUGAACUUGAAUGCAUGAAGCCAAAGAUGGAAAAUGAGGUCAGUUAACUCAGCUGCAGUGAAUCCUUUGAUAUUCAUUUAAUGGAUAAGUAGAUAUAACUGAGCUUGCAGGGAAGACUUUGAAUUUUUACUACUAAAGCUCCUUAUUAUUCUCUCACAAGUCUUUUACAUAAACUGGACAUUGGGAAGCCUUUCUUUAAGGAGAAGGUGGUCAAAAACUGAAACAGGCUUCCUGGAGAGGAAUUGUCAAUUUCCCAAGCCUGACAGCAUUUAGGAGGCAUUUGGACAGUGCCCAUAAAGCCAUACUUUAACUUUUGGUCAGCUCUGGUCAGGCAGAUGGACUAGCUGGUCAUUGUAGGUCCCUUCCAACUGAAAUAUUCUGUUUUAUUUUAUUCUGCCAAGCAGUUAAACUGUACAGACAGAUAGUGCUGUUCCACUUCUGCUGCAAUACCACACAGGUCUCCUCAACUUGUGCUCUCUUUUCUUCUGCCCCUGAACCAGAGGUGAGAGGUGGUCUGGCUCUGGGAGAUCUGUUGUUUUUGCAGUGUUUGGUUUGAGAUACCGGUCAAAAUUGAAAACUUGAACUCUGGAUAAGGAACUGGAUUCUUCUCUGAUAUAGGGAGUCUUUCAGUCUGGUUCAGUCCUAUCUCUAAUCCUUUUGUCGUAGUAUUUCCUUUUAUUGAAUAGCUUCCUUAUGUAUUGAGUUCCAGAAAUUCCAGGUUGGUGAUACACAUGGGAAACAGAUUGCAACACAGGGCAGAUGUAAUUACUCAGGUCUAGAAUUAAUGAGGCAGAACAUUUUUUUCUUCAUGUUGUUCAAAAAGGGAGAAGAAUCUUCCUUUUUUUAUUUAUAGGAAGAAGUUUGAGCUCAAAUGACUCUGAGCUGCCCUUUCAUUGGUCAUUCAGUGAUCACUUGAGGAAAAAAUAAUGAACUAGGUUUUUCCUCACCCUUCUUCAUAUGAAAAUCAGGUCUUACCAGUGCUGGGUGUUAUGGGGAGUUCUAAGACUAUAGUCUUAGAUGCUUCAGGAAGCUUAUUUUAGGAGGGAAGACUUGGCUGAAUGCCAGUAGACAGAGCUAAUCAUCAGGACAUCUGGAUUCACUUCUUAACUCUGCUGCAUGACCUUGGGUCAAUGAUUUAGGUCGGGUUUUUCCAAAAUGUUCAGUAUUUGUAGGUGCUUAUGCUGGAUUUCAGCAUUUCUGAAAAUUGGGCUGUAACUGCAUUCACUGUUUCAAAUUCAGCUUCCCAAAACUGGGACACUUGUAAAAAGGAGACAGAAGUAAAAUGUGUGCCCCUGUUUCCUCAUUUGUACAACAAGGAUGGAUGACUUUGUUUGUACAGUGUGCUGAGACUUCCUGAGGUAAAAGCAUUAGACAGGAGAAAGGAUGGCAGCAAGCUGCUUGCAAAGAGUCAGAAAAGUAGACAUUGUUCAGUAGAAAUCAAAGGAUGCUGAACAAGAACCAAACUUCCCAGAGUUCACCAGCUGAAGGCUCCCAGGAGUGUGCAGAGGACCAAGCAGACCUAAGGAAGUGCAGAAAUGAUGGGGCCAAAGGUGGCUGGCUGUCUGCAGACUGACUGUGCAGCAUCCAGCCCAUCCAGCUGCCUUCCCACCUGCUCCCAACAGCAGCAGAGGAGCAGCUGAAUUGCCCUUUCUUGGAAGGGGGAUCCAGAGCCAUAGGAUUGAUCACAGUCAGGGUGAUGCAGGUGUAGCAAGCUGUGUGCUUCUAACAGACUCUGAUUUGUGUCACCCACAGUCAGUCCAAGCAUGCCAGAGAGGGCCAGACCUGUUGUGCAGGUGUGGAGCAGUUCUGCUAAACAUCUGCUCAGACAGUGGAAGAGCCCUGGUUGUAUCAAGCUCCUCUCCUGAGCAGGGCUGGGAGCUGUUGGACUAUUCCUGCCUUCAGGGGUGGCAAGUGCAUCACUUCCAUGGCUGCACCCUGACUCCUGGCGACUGUGGCUGCUGUCAGGCUUUAAAAUCAGCUGAAGCACACUUGUAGAGUGAUGGCCAGGGAGUAAUGCUUGUAGACAGAAGACACUUUUGAAAGAAAAUCCUGCAGUCCACAAAUAGCUCCUACCAUCUGCUGGUCCUGCAGACUGGGAGUAGAUGCAUCAUGAAGCCAAGUCAUGCACAGUGGUUUUGCCCCACUGGAGCAGAGCACUUCUGCAGCAUGGUCCUGAAACCACCUAGGACCCACUUCAGUUGAAGGCCCCUGAUUUUACUGUGCAGAGCAAGCAGCCCCUCAGGCCUUACAUUUUAUUUUUGCAAUAUGAGUUCAACCUCCAGCACAAGCAAACACAAGGCACAAGUGCUCAUCUCCUUAUCUGUACCAUCCUCGAGCAUCUGAAAUGCAUUUUAUAUACAAGAUAGAGAAAGGCAAAGAAGAAACAAUGCAAAAAAUGUAUUUUUUGAGGAGAAAAAGAGAACAGUUAAGGACAUGAAUGCUCUUAUUGCCUCUUUCAAUGAACUGGUAGUUGCUGGGAGUGUUCUCUUAGAAAAGUAGAGGAAAAGGUAUUUAGUUUAAUUAAAUCACUGAUUUUCUUUGUUGUCUAAUGAUUACAUUUAUUCUGUGGACAGGGAGAGCUCAAGCCAUAAAGGUAGGCAGUUUAAUGACACAUAGACUUCAUGUAGCUCUCUGCUUAGGAUGAGUUUCACCCAUAGUAAAUAGAAGAAGAAUUACAAGAGAGAUUUCAGGGUGAUGCAUCCAAACAGGCAGCUUUGACAUGUUUGUCCUCGUAUCUACCUUGUUGCCAAAACAAAAUCCAAAACCGAGAAAGGACCCAGUGACCUCAGUUAAUGCCACCAGUGCAGGUGAUGCGAGCUGUGUCCUCUUGGUGGGAGCAAUGCACAGCACCUCCAGGGAGUCUGGUGAUCCCUGCUCCAGCUGGCACUCCCUGAAAAUGGAGCAGGAGGGGUCAGGGUGCCCAGCACCAACUUGGCAGGCAGUUCUGCAGAAGAUAACCCUGCCAACAGAGCAGAGUGCUGGCUUCUUUAAAAACUGACCUUUGCUGGUUGGCUCUGGUAGUGUUAAAACUGAAUGAAACCCUGAAAUGAGCCAGAAUUUCAACACCAGUUUUGUGAUCAGAUGGUGUAAUUUUCUAAGCUGGAGAAUCAAUAGCUUGGGAGGAAUUAUUUUAGCUUGUUAAGUCACUGUUUUCAUUGCUGAAAUUUAUUGGGUUAACCUCCCCACACCCCCCACACCUUUGUGAUUUGCCAGAAAAGGGAAUAUGAUAGGAAGUGACCUGAGGCAGGAGUAAGGGCUCUCUGCUCACCUCCCUUCCCAUGCAGCCAGCAGCAAUGGUUACUUAACUCCCAAGACCAGGAGGUGAGCACUGCAGCACUCAUCCUGAAUGUCACCACUGCUUUCCUGGUAGAAACUGCUCUCAGUAUUUUUUGCAAAUUGCUCUGAAGUAAAAUAUGUGUUUAUGCACUCACCCCCACACACAUGCAUUUGCAUCAUUUGGAUUAGCCAGAAACAGAAACAGAGCUUUAAGAGCUAUAAGUUUUGGAGAACAUUCCUUUCAAAAGACUUUUGACCAUGCACUUUCAAUGUUCUUGCCCUGAAAAUACACAAUCUCAACUGCUGCUGAAGGAUUGACUGUGAACAACUACCUUUGCUCUCAUGCUACAUGAGGGAGAAUCAUGUUAUUAUUUGAGGAUUAUUUGGCUCUUUGUCUGAGUCAGGUAUGGUAAAGAAUUGUUUCUAGGUUGGAUAUCAUCAUUUCAUAUCACAACAUAUAUUUAUUUACCUUUCCUGUAGUAACUGAAUGGCAACUAAUGAACACAGGUAUCUACCCAAGACUGCAGAAGAAAUAUUAUUUUGCUUGUGCUAAAAGUACAAUUUUGUAUUUCUUAGGGUUGUGAAUCAGCUUUCUGCUUUUUGUCAUGUUUCGGGAAUUUUAAGGGGCCAUUAGACAAAUUGGUAGAAUUAAUUAGAUGCUUGUUCUUCUUGUUACAGAAACCCCAGAGACAUUUUGAAUAAUAUUCUACAAUGUUGUGUCUUUACCCUGCAAGGUUCAGCAAUUUGCUAGAACAGAGCAAACUCGGACAGCUAUUUUCUCCAAGAUCUGACAAAAAUCCUGGAGAACAAAAUGUUCCAGUAAUAAUCUUUUCAAGUAUCUGUCAGUUUUUAAUCCUUUUCCACUUCUCGUUUUGCAGAAACAUCAUGUAUUGGUUAAAACCAAAACCAAACCAAAACAAAACAAACCUAACCAAAAAACCCAAAAAAAAACACCAACACACCGCCAUUGUUCCUGUAUCUUUCAUUUCACUUUUGUGCUGAAUCACAGUGCUUCAUUACAGCCUUUUUUAUGGUGUAAUUGUUUUGUAAAAUCCGUUUUCUUUGGACACUUUUUAGCUUCUGUCUGAAACUAUUACUGCUAUAAUGAAUGCAGUGGUAAAUCUGUCACAGGUAACAAGCUGAAUUUAGAGCUCGAUAGACCAGGGCAGAGUAUGCUGCAGAUAAAUAAGUGCUUUGGGAUGCAACAGUUACAAUAGGAGCACAAAAAGUCCACUUGUGGCAGGUAACAAAGGGGAAACACAGAACACUUGGUUCCCUCCCCACUGACCGCCAUCACCCACGUUCUAGCAAACCAAGAUGUUGUGAGAAUUCGGUACAGUCACAGCAGCCCCAGGGAGCUGCAGAGUGUGCUGCUGCUGUGGACGGCUGUGCUGGGCUGGAGCACUUCCCUCAGCCACCCUGGGGGUGUACAGUGCUGCUUGUGUGAAGCUUGGAGCUGCUCAGCUCUCCCACUGACCUGAGAGAGGUCCCAGUUCCUCCAAAGAAGGUCUGAAACUGGGACUGGGAGCUGUCAGGCAGGAGAGGACCCAGUGCUCCUGGAGCUGGACAGAGGUGUCAUUGGAGCCAAAAGCCAUCAGAUCCCCAGCUUGAUUCCUCAGGCAGUGUGUCCCUAAAGGGAGCCUGUCAGGCAUGUGUGCCUCAGACUGGGCUAGCCAAGGUCCCCCAGUGAACGGGCUGGGGGAUUGUCAAAACUGAGAUCAUUGUACUUUUUUUCUCCUUUGAGACAAAGAAAGUGAGGAACAUGGAGAAGAAAAAGCAGUGGAAAGAUGAAGGCAGGUGAUAUAAGAAACAGCAAGAUGGAGAGGAACCAUAUUCAAAAGUGACCCAAUUCUGUGAAUUGGGAUCCAGGGGAUGUUAAGCACAGGAGGGAAGGGCAGAAAAGAGUGAAGAGCAACAGAAGGCAAGGCAUGGCAAGGAAAGGAGAGGGUGAAGUAGAGGCAGAAAAAAUUAAGCAAGCAGAUCAAGUAACACAGAUAGGCAACUCCUUUGCCACACCUGGUUCAGUCUUUGUGUUUCUGUGUGAUGCCUCCAUGCUGGGCUGUGGCACAGCAGUGGUGAGGCCGUGCCCUGGGGGGUGCUCUGGCAGAUGGGAAUGCCACAGCUCAGCUGAGCUGCUGCUGCUGCUCUCGCCCACUCUGUGACACUGGGGCAAACAUCUGUCUCUGUGUGACAGAGGAUGGCGGGGAGCACGGGGUGAGUGGCACAGCACUGGCAGCAGGGCUUCAGGGCUGCUGGGCAUCGGCAGAGAUGCUGAUCCUUCCUGUGCUAAACAACCAUGGGGACUCAGCCACACUGCUUGGUUUUUCAAAUGCCAUCUACAUAAGCAUCUUAUAGUUGAACCACCUCUUUACUGAAGAGGUUAAAUUCUGCCUUUUAAAAAUGAAACCUGCUGUUUUGCUGCCAAACACAGUUAUGCCCUCCUGUUGCCUCAAGAAUAAUGAAACAUUGGCAUACUGACAUGUAAAUUCUAUUGCUGGAGAAUGUGUUAUCUCUCUUAUUUGUGACUGCAUCGUGCCACAAAGUGCUGCAUCUUGUAAUUGAGGGCUCUCUGAUGAAUUCAUUGCAUGCAAAGUCUGUGAAAAUUAUUAUCACAGCACAUUUCCAUAAUUAAGGUGUUUCCUGUGGUAUAGAUUUGAAGACUCCCUUACUGCCAUAUGUUACUUUAAUGCAAAAUUCUAUGAAAACUCAAAUACAAACUGAACAAAGCUUCUAUGCAUUGAGAAUGUUUUUCAUUAGACCAGUUGUUAUAGCUGGGAAAAGCAAUCAAAUCAUCUGGGUUCAGGGACACUUUUAGGUGAUGGAUGGAAGCUUUAUUCAUUGCUGAUCACAAAGAAAUGGGCAUCUCUCAUAGAAAUAUCUUUGCCUUGCCAUGAGUGACAUAACCAAAUAACUAAAAUUUAACCUAUAAUGAAACAUUCUGGAACUGCUGGGACAUAGGAACUGUUGGUUUCAGGACACAAGUCUGACUGUUUCAUUAAGAAUUAUCCUAAGGUAAUGUUAAUAUUUUGAUGGUUUGCAGCAAGUAAACAAAAAAACCAUUUUCUUUACUCACAGGUUUGCAGUUUUAGAUAGCUUCUGAAGUCAGAUAGUUCUGUGAAACAGAAAAUUCCCUCUGCUGCUCUUUCUUCAGUAAAACAUGUGCCAGAAUAUAGCAGAUAGCAUGGACUAAUGCUUUAACUAUUAGUUGUUGACUGCAAAGUCCAUUUGUCUUGUUGAGGCUGUCAUUUGGCUACAUUACCCCUUCUGUAACCCUGGAAACAACUUCAAAUGCUGUGAUAUUUGAAAAGUCUGAAAUAUAAUGUACCCUUAAAAUGCUCUGAGUGCUUUUUGAGAUUCCCUGUACAAAGGAAGGAAAAAAUAAUUUCCCUUUACAGAGGGCAUUAAGUGGUGAUGGAUGUGCAUUGCUUUGUGAGAAAGCUGAUCCUCACCUGUUGCAGGUGGGGUGAGAAACGAUGCCAGCAGCACUGACAAGUUUCCUCUUUACCUGCCCUCAGGAUUCAGGAAUUCCUCUCUGAAAGUGUUACAGAAGGGUAUUUUCAGGAGGCAAUAAAUAAAUUUUGAUCCCUCUGGUUAAUGCAGUUAAGGUCAAAGAGAUUCUAUCUGGAUCUAUUUAAAAUACUCUUAACCUGCAGACAUACUGCUGUCAGUAGUGCUAAGUGUCUUAGCUGGCUGAGGAAUGUAUACAACCCUUAUGAAACUAUUCUUAAGUAUUCUGGUUACUAUAUUUAGCUCUGUCUUAUAACAAGACAAAAAGCACUUAGCUAAAUGCAGUCCUGAAGUGCUUAAUCCAGUUAAGAUUAUUUUGUCCUUAGGUGUCUUCUGCUAAGACUUUUUCUUGCUCAUCGUCCUGCUGCAUCAUGCAAAAAGCUGCUCUCUGUGGUCGGGAUUAAUUUUUCUCCGUCUCUAUUUACAUGGUGAUAAGAAGUGCUAAUCCCACUCUGUCAGUCUGGACUGAUGAAUCUGAGGAAUAGAACAGAGCCCUGUGUUGUGUAAACGAACUGAUGGAUGAAGAUGAGAAGGACAGGGCAAAGAGGGCGUCACGCAACAAAUCUGAGAAGAAGAGGAGAGACCAGUUCAAUGUCCUCAUUAAAGAGCUUUGCACCAUGCUGCAGGGCCAUGGCCACCCUCUCAAGAUGGACAAGUCCACAAUACUGCAGAGGACCAUCGACUUCCUACAGAAACAGAAAGAAAUCACAGCACAGACAGAAGCCUGUCAGAUUAGACAAGACUGGAAGCCUUCAUUUCUUAGCAACGAGGAGUUCACCCAGUUGAUGUUAGAGGCACUAGAUGGCUUUCUCAUUGCUCUUACCACAGAUGGGAUUAUUAUUUAUGUGUCUGAUAGUGUUUCGUCUCUGCUAGGACACUUACCGUCAGAUUUGGUGGACCAAAAUAUAUUAAACUUUCUGCCUGAGGGGGAGCAGAGCGAGGUGUACAAGCUACUUUCUCCACAUGUUCUCAUGACAGAUCCUGUUGCAGCUGAUUUUCUAAAUGCAGAAAAACAAAUAGAGUUUUGUUGCCAUUUAGCAAGAGGCAGCUUAGAUCCAAAUGAACCCCUGAUGUAUGAAUAUGUGAAAUUUGUAGUGGAUUUUAAAUAUUUUACUCAUGUGCCUACACCCUCCUGUAAUGGCUUUGAGUCAGCUAUUGCACGGGCUUUCAGGUCAGCCACGGAGGAGCAGAUCUGCCUGGUAGCGACUGUUCGCCUGGUCACGCCGCAGUUCCUCAAGGAGCUCUGCAAUGUUGAAGAGCCAUGUGAAGAAUUCACAUCCAGGCAUAGUUUAGAAUGGAAGUUUUUAUUCUUGGACCACAGGGCUCCACCUAUUAUAGGAUAUUUACCCUUUGAGGUUCUGGGAACGUCAGGGUAUGAUUACUACCACGCAGAUGACCUGGAGCUUCUUGCUAGGUGCCAUGAACACUUGAUGCAGUUUGGAAAAGGAAAAUCCUGUUACUAUCGGUUCCUGACCAAAGGGCAGCAGUGGAUAUGGCUGCAGACACACUACUACAUCACCUACCACCAGUGGAACUCCAAGCCUGAGUUCAUCGUCUGCACUCAUCUGGUAGUCAGUUACGCAGAAGUUCGGGCUGAGAGAAGACGAGAUCUUGGCCUUGAAGAGUCAUCAAUUGAACUGGCAUCCUCUUCUCUAAAGAGCCACAGCAGCUACCUGGACGUGGGGCAGUGCGGCAGCAGCCAGGACGCCAGCCGGGAGGGAGUGUCGCUGUCCUCGCACAGCUCCCGGCGCUCCUCGCACACCACCCUGUCCGACUCCACCUCCACGUCAUCCAUGCGGCGCACAGACACCAGCACUCCCACGCGGCCCGCGGCGCCGGGGGCUCCGGGGGACAAGGCAGCCCUGCGGCUGGCAGCGCCCAGCAGCACCCAGGCCAUAGCCACUCCUCAAGCCCGUGGUGAGCACCUCUCUCAGCACCCCGUGGCUCAGCUGGCAGUGCCCUCCCAGCACCCUGUGAUGCCAGUGUACCAUUUCCCCGCCCAGCUGGGGAUGAUGCACCAGCUGAAAGAGCAGCUGGAGGAGAGGACUCGCAUCCUGCAAGCUGACAUCAAAACACAGCAAGAGGAGCUCCACGUCAUCAAGGAGCAGCUCCAGCUCGUGCAGGACUCCAACCUGCAGAUGCUGAUGCAGCAGCCGAUCCCCGUCAUCUUGAACGCCGUGCAGCAGCCCAGCCCCCGGAGGCCACCGCCGCAGGGCACGCCCCGGCAGACCACAGCCAAGAAGGCACAGCAGCCAGCCCUCACGGGGACAAAGCACUACUGCAGCACCCGCCUGCUGUCACCGCACCCAUUCCUCAGGGACCCCUGUGGCACAGCCCCCCAGGUACAGCAGCAGAAGCAGCAGCACCCAAUGAGAGGAAGCCAAGGCCAGCAAACGUGUGUGCCAGGGCAGGCAAGCAUUUCAGUGCCCUUCUACAACAACCCCAUGGUGUUCUCCCAAGCACACCCCAUCACCGUGGCUGCCCAGGUGCCGGCUGACAGCAGCGAGAGGCAGCCACCAGCUGACUACAGCCAGGACAGGAGCCUCAGGAUGCUGUUGGAUCAGUCCAUCCAAGCCAUGAUGCCCACAGCCAACAGCAGUUGCCAGCCCGUGCAGAGCAGUGCCAGCAGGCAGCAAGGAAAGUUUGUUGCAGAGCAGCAGACCCUGCCUCCCCCGGCACAGGUGCAGCCAGCCACCUGCAGCACGGCCCAACCUGCAGCCCCGCCGCCCAUCUUCUCCCCGUCUCUGAUGAUCCCACACACCAGCUUCCCCUCCCACCAGGCCAGCACACCGGUUCAUCUGCACCAGUGGCCGCAGCAGCAGGUUCAGCAGCACCGCCUCUACCUUCAGAUGCAAGGCCCUGAGCUGGUGCCUGGGGCUCCGACGCAGCGCAUUUUCCAGCCGCCCCACACGCCGCAGCAGAACCCCUUGAGCUACUUCCUCCACCCGCAGCAGCAGAGCCACCACACCCAGGGCCAGCCCUGCAACCUGCCCGACCUGCCCGAGAUGCAGCUGCCCUGA